UUUGAUGUUUCAGAAAUAAUGAAAUACUUAAAUAUGGCAGCAGAUAACGGAAAUUCUAUAGCACUUUUUAAUUUGGGUGAUAUAUAUUGGAAUGGAAAACUUGGAAUUACAGUUAAUAAAGAAAAGGCAAAAUCGUAUUUUGAACUUUCGGCUUCGAAAAAUAAUCCUAAAGCUAUUGAAUUUCUUGAAAAAAUUAACUCUAAAAUUUGA